AUGACGAAGCGGAUCUCUCUCCGGUCGCCGGGCUCGGGUAGGGAGCCCUUGCUGAACCCCGCCCGGGACUCCUCCUCCGGCCCCGAAGCCGUCCGGAAGGCUCGCUUCGCGGAGGUGGCCGGAGGGACCACGGCGGACAUCGCCGCCGUCUGCUGCUGCUGCCCCUGCGGCCUCGUCAACCUGGUGGUGCUCGCCGUCUACAAGCUCCCCGCCGGCAUCUGCAGGAAGGCCAUCCGCAGCAAGCGCCGCCGCAAGAUGAUGAAGAACGGCAUGUGGCCCGUCAGGCACUGCAGCUGCCCCGACUCCGAGCUCCAAAUCCACCCCAUUUCCUCGCCGUCCGCCGUGGCCGCCGCCCUUGAGUCCGACAAUGAGGUCGUCGAGCUCGAGAAGGAAAUGUGGGACCGCUUCUACGGCGCCGGGUUCUGGCGAAGCCCCUCUCAGAGGACCGAAGUCUCUCAGAUCAGUGGCGCUUAA